AUGCCCAUGAGCGCGAGCAAGCGAUUCAAGUACGGGAGGAACAUCAGGGAAGGAGAAGGCCUUGGUGCCGAUGGGGAGUACUUCACCAUCGAGAACGACAUAGGCAGCUGGACUGUGCCGAGCAGGGAGCAAUUCCAUGAUCAGAGGAGCAUCAUGGUCGGACUGGGAAGCCCAGACACUGGAAGCAGCGCCGUGGUGCCUGACCGGGAUAUGGCGGUGUGA